AUAGAAUCAAGCAAAUGGCAACCUCAGCAGGUGCGACAAAGGAUGGAUACUCUAAGUCAUCAACGUCAAAGAGAUCGGGUAAAGAAGACACUUCAUUGCCUUCGGAAAUGGAAAAUUUAUUCAUGCUAGAGAAGAAUAAGAAGGCAAUAGAAGCUUUUCGAGGGAAGAUGAAUAAGUAUCUUCAGAUGCUCUGCACAGAUCUUGAAAUAGCAAAUACUGAUCUGGUAAAGAUCUUUCUAACUUGUACUGACAGCAAAUCCCUUCAAGAGAGUUUGCAUCGUAUCAAGAAGAAGAAUAAGGGACUUGGAAUCACCGAUAACCUCCAAAGUAUCUAUGAAAAGCUAAACCGCUUCAAUACAGAAGAUGUAUAUAUUGAGUACCAAGAAUAUUUCGAAGAUGAGGAAGUUGAGGAAUUCCAAUUUUCGUCUCAAGAUCUCUACAGAGUCAGAGGAAUUCUUGACUAUGAAAAACAGCUUAGUAACCUAGUCGAUCAUAUGGAGCUGAGAUGUAAACUUAACGAUGCGACUUCCUUAGGGAUCCAGUCUAUCACUACUGAACUUGAGAUGUUCAGAAUAAAUUCUGAGACCCCCCAGUUGGACAAGCUUUUCUUACUCGGAGGUUUCAUAGACUUUGGUGAUGUAGAAGAUAUCGAUAACAUCGGACUCUCCAAAGCCAUGGAUGAGAAUGCCCAAAAAGAUCCAUUUGCAAAUGAAUUUGUAUCUAUUGAGAACUUAAAGAAGAACAAAAAGUACACUUUGAGAGAAAAUUCAGAUUACUUCCAGACUUUAAGCUGGACAAGUCUGUACAAAUAACCUCAAGACUCAACUAAACCGCUUUCAGCCCUUAAAGAAGAGUCUUAUUAAUAGAAGGGUCUUAAUGCAGGAUUAUAAAGAUAACAGUAGCUUAAUAGAGGAAUAUAAACAAUUUGAACUUUCUUAUAACCAUUUGGAAAUUAUAAAAAAGAUCAAGGAAAUAGAGGACGAAAAUAAGGAAAUUUCUAGCAAAAUUACUGGAAUUAACCACAAAAUAAGCGAUUAUCACGCUGAUGUGUCUAUCUCUGCAGCAGUGGAAGAAGAUAUCAGAGGCUUUAUUAAGAAAUGCAAAAUCAACCUCGAAAUGGAGCCAGGAGGUAUGAGCGUUGAAAAAGAAAAGGAUGCAUUUUAA